GCCUCCGCCGCCGCUGCCUCCCGCGCCGCGCUUCGCCCGGAUGGCCAGGGCUGCGCCGGGGAAUGGCGGAGCGAGAGAGCGGCCUGGGCGGGGGCGCCGCGUCCCCGGCCGCCGCCUCCCCGUUCCUGGGGCUGCACAUCGCGUCGCCUCCCAAUUUCAGGCUCACUCACGACAUCAGCCUGGAGGAGUUUGAGGAUGAAGACCUCUCAGAGAUCACUGAUGAGUGUGGCAUCAGCCUGCAAUGCAAAGACACCUUGUCUUUCCGGAGUCUGGAAACCUGGAAGGCACUAGUAUUGUCCCCAGCCAACCCUGGAGCCAUGGAGGAGUCAGGGGAGCUGUCCAAGCCCCAGCGAGUGGGGCUGCUUCCUGCGGGCGGCGGUGGCAACGCUGGGAGCCGAUUGCAGGCGGAGAUGCUGCAGAUGGACCUGAUCGACGCAGCGGGGGACACUCCCGGCGCCGAGGACGACGAGGACGACGACGAGGAGCGCGCGGCCCAGCGGCCGGGAGUGAGGCCUCCCAAAGCCGAGUCCGGCCAAGAGCCGGCGCCUCGCAGCCAGGGCCAGGGCCAAGGCCAGGGCACGGGCAGCGGGGACACGUACCGGCCCAAGCGGCCCACCACGCUCAACCUCUUCCCGCAGGUGCCGCGGUCUCAGGACACACUGAAUAAUAAUUCCCUAGGCAAAAAGCACAGUUGGCAGGAUCGGGUGUCUCGAUCGUCCUCCCCUCUGAAGACAGGGGAGCAGACACCUCCACAUGAACACAUCUGCCUGAGCGAUGAGCUGCCACCCCAGAGCAGUCCUGCUCCCACCAUCGAUCGAGGCACCUCCACUGACAGCCCUUGUCGCCGUAGUGCUGCCACCCAGAUGGCACCUCCAGGUGGUCCCCCUGCCAGUGCACCUGGUGGCCGGGGCCACUCACAUCGAGACCGAAUCCACUACCAGGCAGAUGUACGGCUUGAAGCCACUGAGGAGAUCUACCUGACCCCAGUGCAGAGGCCCCCAGACCCUGCAGAGUCCACCUCCACCUUCUUGCCGCCCACUGAGAGCCGGAUGUCUGUCAGCUCUGAUCCAGACCCUGCCACUUACUCUACAACUGCUGGACGGCCACACCCCUCCAUCAGUGAGGAGGAUGAGGGUUUCGACUGCCUGUCAUCCCCAGAAAGGGUUGAGCCAUCAAGUGGAGGGUGGAGGGGAAGCCUUGGGGAGCCACCACCUCCUCCACGGGCCUCCCUGAGCUCGGACACCAGUGCUCUGUCAUACGACUCAGUCAAGUAUACACUGGUGGUGGAUGAGCAUGCCCAGCUAGAGCUGGUGAGCCUGCGGCCCUGCUUUGGAGACUACAGUGAUGAGAGCGACUCAGCGACUGUCUACGACAACUGUGCCUCUGCCUCCUCCCCCUAUGAGUCAGCCAUUGGUGAGGAAUAUGAGGAGGCCCCUCGGCCCCGGCCCCCCACCUGCCUCUCAGAGGAUUCCACUCCUGAUGAACCUGACGUCCACUUCUCCAAGAAGUUCCUGAACGUCUUCAUGAGUGGCCGCUCUCGCUCCUCCAGUGCGGAGUCCUUCGGGCUGUUCUCCUGUGUCAUCAAUGGAGAGGAACAGGAGCAAACGCAUCGGGCUAUAUUCAGGUUUGUGCCUCGACAUGAAGACGAACUUGAGCUAGAAGUGGAUGAUCCUCUGUUGGUGGAGCUGCAGGCUGAGGACUACUGGUAUGAAGCCUACAAUAUGCGCACUGGUGCCCGAGGUGUCUUUCCUGCCUACUAUGCCAUCGAGGUUACCAAGGAGACUGAGCACAUGGCAGCCCUGGCCAAAAACAGCGACUGGGUGGACCAGUUCCGGGUGAAGUUCCUGGGCUCCGUCCAGGUUCCCUACCACAAGGGCAAUGAUGUCCUCUGUGCCGCUAUGCAAAAGAUCGCCACCACCCGCCGGCUAACCGUGCACUUUAACCCCCCCUCCAGCUGCGUUCUUGAGAUCAGCAUUAGGGGUGUCAAGAUAGGUGUCAAGGCUGAUGAUGCUCAAGAGGCCAAGGGGAAUAAAUGUAGCCACUUUUUCCAGCUAAAAAACAUCUCUUUCUGUGGAUACCAUCCAAAGAACAACAAGUACUUUGGGUUCAUCACCAAGCACCCUGCUGAUCACCGGUUUGCCUGCCAUGUCUUUGUGUCUGAAGACUCCACCAAAGCCCUGGCAGAGUCUGUGGGGCGUGCAUUUCAGCAGUUUUACAAGCAGUUUGUGGAGUACACCUGCCCCACAGAAGAUAUCUACCUGGAGUAGCAGUGUUGCCGCCCUCUGCAGUACCUCAGCCCCAGGCCAGUACCAGGACGGCUGGCUGCUGACAGGAUAUGGCACCACUGCCAGCAGAAGAUGGGGAAGCGAGGGCUGUUGGCCUGGGGUGGGGGUAGGGGUGUGGGGAGAGGCAGGUGCGAUUUAUUGUAAUAUAUGGGGCUAGAUUCAUCUAUAGAGGGCAGCGUGGGCUCUCUGGGGACUGGGAGGAGGUGGGCCUCUAGCCUCAAAGGCAUCCCUGUAGGAAGAGGCACUGCCCAGCCAUGGGCCUUGCUUCCUGCCAGGGGCUCUGGCUGUCUGGCUCUUGGCUUCUGCCUUGACAAAGCCCACUCCAUCCGCAAGUGCCCACCUUCCUCUGUCCCCAACCUAACCUAGAGCCCUGGGCUCAGGGUGAGCCCAGUCACUUCCCGAGGACUUUCCAGUAAGGAAAUGGCAGCAGGUAACAGUUCUCAGCUGACAUCUGUGGGGCUCUGGGUGUCUCCCACCUCCAGCCUGACUGGCAUGCUGGUACUAGCAGGCUUCAAUGAUGCCAGGAAGGAGAGGGCUACAGUAGGCCUUACCUGGCAGGGAAAGGAGGCCUCCCAGCUGGUCCCAGCCAAUCCCAUCACUGUCUUUCAUCUGGCCACUACUAUUAAAAGUGCCAUUUCCUGUGUGGAC